AUGUCCGACAAGUACUCUAGACAUUAUAGUACUUCUCUCCCAAAAGCAUCGUCUUGGAAUGAGAGUACGGAUUGCUACACUUGGGGCUGGAUCAUUUGUGACAUGUUAACAGGUUAUGUUAUUGGCCUAGACCUUAGUAAUGCAAAUAUUAGCGGAACUAUUCAUCCCAACAGCAGCCUCUUCCAACUUCAUCGUCUUCAAACGCUAAACCUUGUUUACAAUAACUUAUCUGGUCUCAUUCCUGAUUCCAUUGGCAACUUCACACAAAUCAGAGAGUUGGAUUUUGGUUCCAAUCAUUUCACUGGCCAUAUUCCUUUAACAAUCUCAAAAUUGAAACAUCUCGCCCGUCUAGAUCUUUCGUUAAACUCACUUGGAGGUAAAAUUCCAGAUGUUUUCUCUAACCUCCAAGAGCUAGUUACAUUGUAUCUUUCUUACAACAGCUUCAUUGGUCCAUUUCCCUCUUCGAUUUUAAACUUGACACGUCUUGAAAACUUAGAUUUGUCGAGUAAUUCCUUGUCUGGUCCAUUGCCAAGCAAUGUCAGCAUGUUUCUAAAGCUAGUUGACCUGGAUUUUUCUCACAACUUGCUAAAUGGAACAAUACCAUCUUGGGCGUUUAGCCUCCCUUCUUUAUAUAUGUUGGAGCUCCAUCAUAAUCUAUUCAAUGGACUAUCUGAUGAGCUCAAAGUGAAUCGAGCAGUAGGGCGUUUGGAUUUGAGUUAUAAUCAACUCAGUAAUCCUAUUCUUCGAUCACUUCAAAAUCUGACAAACCUUGUAAACCUUGACCUUUCAUCAAACAACAUCACCAUUGAUGGGGGAACACAAAUCACUUUUCCUAGACUAGAAAUUUUGUGGUUAUCAUCUUGUGAACUGAAGGAUUUUCCACAAUUUCUAAGAAAUUUAAAGACACUUCGGGUCAUAAAUCUUUCUAACAAUAAGAUUCGUGGUCAAAUCCCUAACUGGUUUAGCGGGAUGAGUAUCCUGAAUGGUGAUGGUAAACAAUUGACGACCAUUAUCUUGAAUGGUAAUCAUUUUGAAGGACAUGUCCCUGUGUCAUUACUCAACUGUGUUGGUUUAGAAGUUCUUGAUAUCGGGAACAACGCUGUAAAUGACUCAUUUCCAGCUUGGCUAGGAACUCUUCAAGAGCUGCAAGUCCUUAUAUUAAAGUCGAACAAGUUCCAUGGACCUAUAAGUACUAGGCUGAGGUUUGGGUUUCCCAGGUUGCGGAUUUUAGAUCUCUCUCAUAAUGAGUUCAGUGGCUUACUGCCUACAGAAGUUUUUCAAAAUUUCAAAGGAAUGAUCAAAAUAGAUGACAGUGACAAAGGUAAGAUCGAAUAUAUGAAAACAUCUGACUCAUUUUUUGUUAUGUACGACGAUUCAGUGAGGUUGGUGAUUAAAGGAUACGAUAUAGAGCUAGAAAGAAUCACUACAAUUAUGACAGCCAUAGAUCUCUCAAGCUCGUAUUGA